GCCGUCCCGUUCGCGAAGACUCCGCACCUUGCAUCCCUGGCAACGCCCAAACAGACUGGUAUCUCCUACCAAAUCUCCCGGGAUUUCCAUUUCCUAUCUGGAUCUUGUCCUCUCCCGUUGCUGAUCAAGUAGGAGACUUCUUGCGUCUGUAGUCUUGGUAGAUGGUGAAACCCUGAUCUCGCGAGGAUGCAGUUGAGGGUUUCCUCGUACGAGGACGUGAAGGAGUCGGCUCAGGCGAGGGCCGCCCAGCCCCGCGCCUCCCGGCGGCUCCUGCUUAAGGUCCUGCUGCCUCUCCUCGCCCUAGGCGUCGGAUUCUCGGUCUUCGGCAUGUACCUGACGCGGCUGCAGGUCGCCGCCCCUGUUGUCGCUGCCUUCCGGCCCUGCGUCGAGAAGCCGGCCGGCCUGGAGCGAUGGAUCCAGCCGCCGUCCGAUUUGAUGCACUCGAUGAGCGACGAAGAGCUCUUCUGGCGGGCGUCCUGGGUGCCGCUGGUGAAGAAGUACCCGUUCAAGUGGGUUCCCAAAGUCGCGUUCAUGUUCUUGACCAGGGGGCCUCUCCCGCUCUCCCCUCUCUGGGAGAGGUUCUUCAGAGGGAACGAAGGCCGUUACUCGAUCUACGUCCAUACGCAUCCGUCUUACAAGAUUAACUUCACUUCGGACUCCGUUUUCUUCAAGAGGCAGAUCCCUAGUAAGGUGUCUGAGUGGGGGCAGAUGAGUAUGUGUGAUGCUGAAAGACGGCUCCUUGCAAAUGCAUUACUUGAUCUGUCGAAUGAACGGUUUGUGCUGUUGUCUGAGUCGUGCAUUCCAUUAUCAAAUUUCAACAUCACCUACCAAUACUUGAUAAGAUCAAGGUAUAGCUUUGUCGGGCUGAUUGAUGAUCCAGGUCCAUAUGGAAGGGGAAGAUAUAACCCGAACAUGGCACCAGAAGUGAACAUCGACCAAUGGCGUAAGGCAUCUCAGUGGUUUGAGGUGAAUAGGAAACUGGCUCUUAGCAUAGUCAAAGAUGCUACUUACUAUCCAAAAUUCAAAAGGUUCUGCAAGCCACAUUGUUAUGUGGAUGAACAUUACUUCCCUACGAUGCUCUUCAUAGAAUCAGCCAAUCUUUUGGCCAACAGAAGCAUUACAUGGGUAGACUGGUCAAGAGGUGGUGCUCACCCAGCAACCUUCGGCGGGGUCGAUGUAACAGAAGCAUUUCUCAAGAAAAUCCUUGGGGGCCAAAAUUGUUCAUACAAUAACCAACCUUCAUCUCUCUGUCACCUUUUCGCAAGGAAGUUUGCUCCAAGCACACUGGAGCCUCUCUUACAAUUGGCACCCACUUUGCUUGGCUUUGGUUCGUAGCAGAGAAUAUGAAGGUAACAACACAUUGAAGUUCUACUAAUGGUUGCUUUCUCGGAUUUCAGGGGAUCUACUAAAAACUAAUCUGUUUUAGUAGUCAAAUUAUGUAAACCUAUUCUCAACAUAGCCUCACAAAUUCUCUGUAUAGCAAAUUUACAAUUAUUCAUUACUCUAUACAAGUGACCGGUCUUCGUUCGCAU